CGCACGUGUUUCAGGGACCGGGAGAGUGGAAAAACCCCAAAAAGAUUCAGCGCUGUUAUCAGCUAAGAAAACAUAAAAACUGGGGCAUCACUAUGGCACUGGCACACUGAGAAGAACGAACAUUUUGUCUCUUCAGGUGGAAACAGCAGUGUGCAACGUUUAUCAGAAAUAAACGUCCUGUUUACUUUGUGGGUUAAUUUCCCUUAACUUUGUGUUUUUUUCGCAUUUAAGAAUCCUGUGUGUAACUACAAGUCAGCUGGUGUAUCCUUGCUAAGACUGUUCAUCUUCUUUGUCUGGAUCUCAUUCUUCACACUGCGCCCUGAGGGCUGGCUAUCCAAGAAAAUAAAGUGCUAUACAAGUCCGCCGCUCCUUCAGUUGUUCCUUCACGUCGACACAGCGCUGACAGACAAGAGAGAUGGAGAAGGGCGACGCGAGACCCUCGUGGGAUAACCCCAUGCAGUUUGUGCUGGCGUGCGUGUCUUACGCCGUGGGACUCGGCAACGUCUGGAGAUUCCCCUAUCUGUGCCAGAUGCACGGCGGAGGUGGCUUUAUGAUCCCGUACAUGUUGAUGCUGGUGCUGGAGGGUAUCCCCCUGUUCUCCAUGGAGCUGGCCAUUGGGCAGAAGAUGCGGCUGGGCAGCAUUGGAGCCUGGAGCGCCAUCAACCCAUACCUGGGAGGAGUGGGCAUUGCCAGUGUCAUCACAUCUUUGUACUUGUGUCUCUACUACAAUGUCAUCAAUGCCUGGAGCUUCUGGUACCUCUUCCAUUCGUUUCAGUCGACGUUGCCGUGGGCCGAGUGCCCGGUGAACAGCAACCUGACGGGCUACCUGGAGGAGUGUGAGGUGGCCACGCCCACCCAGUACUUCUUCUACCGCCAGACGCUCAACAUCUCGUCCUCCAUCGACGACAACGGCGGCGUGCACAUGGGCCAGGCGCUCUGCCUCCUGCUGGCCUGGAUGAUCGUCUACCUCUUCAUCGUGCGCGGAGUCAAGUCCACCGGCAAGGUGGUGUACUUCACGGCCACCUUCCCCUACGUGGUGCUCUUCAUCUACCUCAUCCGAGGAGUCACCCUGCACGGGGCGCUCAACGGAGUCAAAUACAUGUUCACACCAAAGCUGGAGCAGCUGGCCAACCCUCAGACGUGGAUCAACGCGGCCACGCAGAUCUUCUUCUCCCUGGGCCUGGGCUUCGGCUCGCUCAUCGCCUUCGCCAGCUACAACCACCACCACAACAACUUCGAGCGGCAGGCCAUCGUGGUCUCGCUCAUCAACAGCGGCACCUCCAUCUUCGCCAGCAUCGUCACCUUCUCCAUCUACGGCUUCAAGGCCACGUUCAACUACGAGAGCUGCCUGCAGAGAGUCAGGCUUCUGCUUCUCAACACUUUUGACAUGGCGGAGGAGUCCAUCAAUAUGGACAACAUACAGUACUGGGUGACGGAGCUGAACCGCACACACCCAGACCAGUUCGCCCUCCUGGAGCCCAAGCUGGAAACCUGUGACCUGGAGGCCGAACUAGACACGGCGGUGGAGGGGACGGGACUGGCCUUCAUCGUGUACAGCGAGGCCAUUAAGAACAUGCCAGCAUCGCAGCUGUGGUCGGUGCUGUACUUCUCCAUGCUGUUGCUGCUGGGGAUGGGCAGCAUGCUGGGUAACGUCACCGCCAUCAUCACGCCGCUACGGGACUUCAAGGUGCUCGCGCGCAACUUCAGCAACGAGACGCUAAAUGGCCUGGUGUGUGUGUUCUGCCUGCUUCUGGGUCUGGGCUUCACCACGCGCUCGGGCAACUACUGGUUCACCAUGUUCAACGAGUACGGAGCCACCUUCUCCCUCCUCUUCAUCGUCCUCAUCGAGGUCAUCACCGUCAGCUACAUCUACGGACUCAAGAGGUUUGAGAAGGAUAUUGAGGACAUGCUGGGCCACAAGCCCAACUGGUACUGGAAGAUCAUGUGGGCCUUCGUCAGCCCGCUGCUCCUCGUCAGCCUCUUCAUCUUCUACAUCGUCAACUACAUACGUGGCGGAACGCCCACCUACCAGGCCUGGGACGAAGAGCUGGGAAGGUCGGUGGUGACAGAGUACCCGUGGUAUGGACAGGCCUUCAUCGCCCUGCUGUUGGCGUCGUCUGUGUGCUGUGUGCCCGCUUAUGCUCUCUACGCCUACUGCACCAAGAAGCAGAAGGUGAAGAGUGUGCCCCCCCACGAGCACACCAUCAGCGCCAUCUCGGGGGUGUAGAGGGAGGCAUGGACUAUAUACCCCAUAGGAUGGAUGACCACCCCAAACGCACAACCCAGAAAUGGACACACGCACCCUCACACUCACACACAUACUGUGUACACUCACACGGGACAAAGACUCGACGCCACCAACUGAUAUGAGUCUCUGGGUUGCGCAGAAGCGCACGAGACUACCAUCGAUUUCAGACUAUUGUUCUACACACACACACACUCAUGCACAUGUGCGUGCAGGCGCACGCACACACACAUACACUUCAUGCUGUUAUGUGACUGACAAGAGAUUAGCUCGUCACAUAUCACUAUCGCAUUGCCAAAAUCUG